AAGAAAAGAAGAAGACCAAGAGAAGAGAACUCGACAUAAGCUACUACUCUCUUUUUCUAUUGCUUUGCCCUUCCUUGACAUAAGCUACUACUCUCUUUUUCUAUUGAAAAAAACUUCCCGUCGCUCUUUUCCUGGUAGAAAUCGCCUUGUCCCCGCUGAUAAAAUGCCUCGUACUGCAUCCAAGCCGACGAAGAAACGGAGUAAACCUUAUACAGUUACCUCUUCAGACACGGAUCCUGUUCCCUCAGCUUCGAGUAAAACUAAAAAGUCGUCCAAAGAGAAUGAUGAAAAAUAUAAGUUGUUUAAUAAGUAUGCCAAUACAUCUUCUGGUGUCAUUGAUCCAGAAGGAAUUGAGAAACUUUGCUCAAAAUUGAAAGUUUCUCAUACUGAUAUCAAGAUCUUGAUGCUAGCUUGGAAAAUGAAGGCUGAAAGACAAGGUUACUUCACAAAGGCUGAAUGGAGAAGAGCACUCAAGACGUUAAAGGUUGACACUAUCAAAAAAUUGAAGAAAGCCCUUCCUGAGCUCGAGAAAGAGGUCAGAAAGCCAUUGCAUUUUGCAGACUUCUAUGCUUAUGCCUUUCGUUAUUGUUUGACAGAUGAAAGACAAAAUUGCAUAGACAUUGAGACUAUUUGUCAACUCCUAGAUUUGGUCUUAGGAUCAACAUUCCGUGACCAGGUUGAUCACUUUGUCGACUACCUAAAGAUCCAGAAUGAUUACAAAGUCAUCACUAUGGACCAAUGGAUGGGUUUUUAUAGAUUCUGCAAUGAGAUAAGUUUCCCGGACAUGACCAACUACAGUCUAGAACUUGCGUGGCCACUGAUUCUAGACAAUUUUUUUGAGUGGAUGCGCGAAAAACAAGCAUGAUAGUUUCCAUAUUUGUCAAACUGUUUUAGUCUCUCUAGCUUCAAACAGCCUCCAUUUUUUCACAAUAACUUCAAAUUUGAUUAUUGUUAUCAUUGAUGAACAGAAUGUUAUAUAUAUAUAUAUAUACUAGGAGUUUUCCUGCGCCAUGUGCAGAUAUAAAAUAUUUUAAAAUGUUAUAUAUAAAUAAAAUUUUCUAUUUUUAUAUUUUACUUUUAUUAGUUUAAAAAAUAAAACCAUAAUGUAAUUGUUUUUACUUUGAUUUAUUCAAGUUUACUUUGACCCUUUAAUUUUGCAUUACUUAACUUUUGAUAAAAAUAAUUGAAAUUUAUAAAGUUA